AUGAAAUGCGAUAGUGAUCUCCUCGGUUACAGGAGACUCCGUCUUCUCAACCCUCUCUCGCGCCUCCCGAUGAGCCAUCUUGGCUUAACCAUCGAUCUUCUUAAUGUCUCCGAUAUUCAAGAUGCCUAUGUUGUUCAAAUCCAACGCAAGAAGAAAAAAGAACAACUUUUUGGAUUCAAAAGGUUGGUUGUUACGGCAAAUGGUCGCCUUCUUGGAGUAGGAUGCGACGGGAAGAUAAGGUAUUGGAACGGAGACGUCUGGACCAAAAUGAAAGAGCAAGUAGCUCGAUUCUGUGACAUCAUAGUUGAGAGAGAGAGAGGGCUAACGUACACCUUGGAUUCGCAUGGGAAUGUCUGGUGGGUUAGUUCCUCUCUGGGCAUCUUUAGGUAUGGACCUUCACUGGAUGAAUAUGCCACUAAGGAAUCUUGUAGAGACUUGGUUUUGGUGGAGUGUGGUGGAGAGUUAUACGUUGUAGAUCGUGUCGUUGAUGAUAGCCUCUGGAUCAGAAAAAGUGGUAAUUGGUGUCGUUAUCGUUUCACAAUGAUACACGACGAUGAUGGGGACGAGAGAUGGGUAACACCGGAAAUAUCUCGCUUCUAUCCCAAGACGGUGGGUUUUAAGGUUUACAAGGUUGAUGAAGAAGUGGGGAAAUGGGUACAAGUUAUGUCCUUGGGAGAUCAUGCGUUUGUGAUGGCUAGCGAUGCUUGUUUCUCGGUCUUCGCUGAUGAGUUUUAUGGAUGUUUGAAAAACGCCAUUUACUUCUCCGACGAGGCAGAACCUGAGACCACUAAGGUGUUUAAGCUUGAUGAUGGGAGCAUCACGACAAUGACGACGAGAUACCCGAGGAGGUGUUUCGCAAUGUUUGCUCCUUUUUUUUUGCACUGA